ACAUGCCGAUACAGAUGGUAAUCGCGUGCACUUCACCGAUGUCGCGUCAAGCCAACACCGCCACGACUGCAUUGCUUUCGAUUAUUUCUCUGAUCGCCAUCACUACUUAUCAUCGAGUAGAUGCUGCAGCAUGCUCUGCUAGUGAGUACUGCCCAGAUGGAUGGAGUGUGCAACGCAAGGCGAACUAUGAUCCCACAACUUGUGAUCCUAUGCAGAAUAUGAAGUGCGAUAAACCUUACCAAUGUGUCCACUCCAGUUGCGGAAUAAGUUUUUGUUGCGCACAUAAGAACGCCUUGAAUGAGUGGAAGAAGGAGGAAGAAAUGAAGCGCGAGAUGGAAGAAGAGGAGCGUUACGAGCUUUGAUUGUAUAGACCAACUUCUGACAAUUUGAAAAGAAUUCUUUGCAAUCUCGAAAUUGAUAAUAAAUCACAUAUAUGCUCUCACCGAUUUUCGCAUUUUUUACGCGCACGAAAGAAUAUGGUUAUC